AUGCCUGCCAGAGAGCCUUUGGGGGAAGGAACGGAGCUGCCUUUAAGGGGCUCGGCCGUAGAGGGCACGCCUGUGGAAGAUCCCUCGCAGCGGCUGGGCCGCAAAAGGGCAAGCCUCGCAGAGCUCAGCCAGCAUCUGCAGACUCAUUCCGAGCCUGCCGCAUUGACAAGGACUGCAGCGGCUGUGUUGGCAUGCUAUACUUUGGCACGAGUUGCCGCAAACCUCGUGGCCGUUGUUUGGAGCAGUUUUCACCAGAUGGUUGAUGCAGUGCUGCGGCCUGUCAUUACUGGAUUUGGUGUGUUCCUCUUCCUCCGGAACAGGAACAGGUUCUCCGACAAAAGGUUGCUGCACAUCUGGUGUCGGCGUGCGAUCUUUGCACUGGCCCUGGUAGUGGCUGACGAAAGCUUCCCUGCAUUGGUGGCGUGCUUCGUUAGUUGGCAGGUUGAAUUGACUUCUGUGUUAGUUGGGACAGUUUGGGAGAUCGCUUGCAACUUCAUGCAAGUUCACAUGACCAAUCUGAAGCUCAUUGCUUUGGGCAGAUGUUUCACACCCAUACUUUGUGUUGCCCUGUGGAGCCUGGGUUGCGUCUUCAUGUUUCCGUUUUUUUACUUGUUAUUUGAAAUCGCCGACAAUUCUUUCCCGCUUUUCGCCCUUUUGGCGAUCAUGUUUGGCCUUUUGAGCUGUUGCUUCUUCCUGGUGGCUGUAGUGGUUCAGGGCUUCAGCCUGCGCGUGGAUGCGUGUGCAGCUUUGCUUGCACCUGGUGGUGAGCAGGCCACCAGGUCUGCCGCUGUGAUGCUCUUUGUAAAUGCAACUCUGGUGGUUCUGGGACCUGCUCUCAGUAUUUGGGCUUGGUCCGGAUACUUUUUAUACAUAUUUGAUGAUAGAAGUCCUUCAGCACCGACAUGGUUGACCUUAGACAUCUUCCUUCAAAUGUGCAACACGCUCCUUCUGAGCGGGAUGAUUGGGCCAAAGCAAUGGGAUCACCCGAUGGAUGCCUUCCGCCAGCUCGCAGACCUCUCUGGGUUCGGCUUCGCUGCCAAGCGCAUUGCAUUUGAAGGUUGUAUCAACGAGAAGGCUUACAAGUGCAUCGUAUCAUUCCCAGGCAAGUACAGUGAGCUGUGGGACAGAGCCGUGUCUUCAGUAAAGUCCCAGUCCAGGACGCCAGGGAAGGAACAUUGGUCUUUGGCAUGCGUUUUCUUGACUGACACCGCCUCAGGUCUUGGACAGCAUGCCGAAAACCCGGAAACGCCGGGGAAAUGCUGGUGCCAAAGCCUGUACGGCUGUGUUCCAGCCUCCACAUAUCUCAGUGUUGUGGAGGUAGAUCCAGAUCGAAUCGACAGCUCGGGCAACCGAGACAUGCUUGCUUUCAAGCGACGUGAUGCCGAAGCCAUGGGCCAAUUAUUGGUAGUAAAAAGCGAGCAAUCUGACAUCGAAUGGGAGAGGGAGCUCGAAAAGGCGGUGCAAAAUGCAGAGAAGCUUUGCUUCGAAAAAGCAGGGCGGGCACCUUGGGGCUGCCAGUGGUUCCAGGAGUGGAAGCAGAACGUGGAGCGUGCAAACGAGCUGAAGCAGGAGCUGCAUGUCUUCUAUUUUGCAGGCCGGAAGGGCCAAGGGAAAAUGCCAUGGGAGAAGCUGUCGGAUGACACUGCCAAGGAGAAAGCUCGGCAGAACAGCGGCCUAGGCGCCUCUCAGACCGCAGAAGUGGCGUAUCUGGAGAAGAUGGGCCUCAGGUACGUGGAGCAUGACAUCAAGGACUUCAAGGCAUUCAUCGACGCGGCGAGGUCCGGCGACGAGUCUGCGCGCCACGUCCUACGCGUUGCCAGGUCGGGGAAGUCGGACGACAGGUUUCUGCCUGACUUCGCCAUGCAGCCCACGCCCUCGAUAUCGCGCCCGCAGAGCGUGCCUGCGCCCACAGGUGUGAACUUGCUAAUGUCGCUGAAGCUUCCCGGGCAAGUGUACGAUGAGGGCAACUUCUUUCCCAAGGAUGAAUCUUCCGACGACGAGUCGCACGACUUGCCACCGUGGGAUGCGGAGCUCACGAAGCGGCCCAAAAAGGCAACCGCCGUGAUGGACAUGAAGGAGCGCAUGCGCCAGAUGUUCAAGGGCACGGCGAGAAAUAAGGAUCUCUACAGAGAUGGAGGCUGGUGCAGCAUGAUCGCAGGCCACGACUACUUCGAGACCGUCGUCUAUUGCUUCAUCAUCGCCAACGUGGUCUGGCUUGGGAUUGAUGCCAUGGUGAACCCUGAGGACCUGCUUAUCAAUGCACCUGCGUGGAUCAUCGUGGUGGAGAAUGUGUUUUGCAUCUUCUUUGUCGGCGAGCUGAUCGUACGUUUCGGCGCCUACAAAUCGAUGUGGGAUGCCGUGAGGGACCCCUGGAUUGUCAUCGACUCGGUGCUUGUUCUUGGGAUGAUGCUCGAGACCUGGAUCUUCUUCGUGAUCCUCCAGUUCGCGGAAGUGGACUUCACCCUCAUCGACCAGUCGUCACUGCGUUUGCUCAGGGUUCUGCGCGUGUCGCGCGUGGCACGGAUCGUUCGCAUCCUGCGCGCGCUGCCGGAGCUUCUCAUCCUUGUCAAGGCGCUGGGUGUGGCGACGCGGUCAGUGUUCUUCACCUUCUGUCUCCUGCUGCUCGUGAUCUACCUCUUCGCCCUGGCCUGCUUUCUCAUUGGCAAGGAGACCCCUUCUGGCGAGAAGUACUUCAACACCCUGGGCCAGUCGAUGUUCACGCUCUUCUUCUACGGGCUCUUCGGCUUCGAGCUUCCAUUCAUAGCCGAAGCCACUUUUAAUGACAACGUUGCCUUGGGCGUGGUCUUCUGCGCCUACCUGGUCUGCGCGCCGCUGACGAUGAUGAACUUGCUGGUGGCCGUGCUGGUCGAAGUGGUGGGUGUCCUGGCGACGGCUGAGCAGGAAAUGGUCAACACCAAGUAUGAGCAGGACCAGAUGACGCUCGCGCUUUCCGAGCUGGAUGAGAACGGAGAUGAGUACAUUUCCUUGGAGGAGUUCGGCAAGCUGAUGGACAAGAGAAAUGCCCUCCUUGCGAUGCGUGAAUUGGGAGUCGACAUACUGGCCAUCAUUGAAGCGCCGGAGCUGAUUUUCGGUCAGGCUCAGAGCCUGAGCUUCGCGGAGUUCACGGAGACAGCUCUUGCCCUGCGCGACGGCAACACGGCCACUGUCCGAGACAUUAACCAGCUGGCCAAGCGCAUGAUCCAAGAGCUCCGUGGCACCAUGGGACAGCUGAACUCGAAGAUCAAAGAGAAGACCGGAAGCAAAGACAAAGUGAACCUGAAUCGCUUUCGCGUGUCAGGGAAGCGGUGA